AUGAUCUACCGAGCCAUCACUUGCGAAACCUCGCCAGCCUUCACAGCGGCACGAAGCGCGCAGGGUUUUCUCUCCGUCGCGUUGUGCAGCCUCGUCAAGGACGGCAGCAUCGACGAGCUUUUCCGCCUGCACGUCUGGCUGCCGGAUGGCAAGCGCGGCAACCCCGACUUCAAACUGCACUCGCAUCAGCCUUUUGCGCAGAGCUGGAUCCUCGCAGGCGAGGGCGAAGAUCAUACCUGGGAGGUUGAGCCAGUUGAGGACCCCACAGAAGCUACGCAUGCCGGUUACGUCCUUGCGUGGGACGACGGAAAGGGGCAAAACAGCACGUACAAGACCCAUCAGUCGUCCUCGACUGUCAGGAAUACGGGGAGUCUCUUCAAAGCGAUGGAGACCCAGUCGGAGGUUCAUCGUCGGGACUCAACGUACACGGUUCCUGCUGCUGCUUUUCACACCUCCGAGGUUGCAGCAGACGCCCUUCAUGCCACGCUCUUCUUUUUCGACUCACAUCGCGGCUUUAUCAAAGACGCCGGUGUUCUCGGGCCUAAACACGGAGAUGCCUUCACACAACUGCGAGAUCCCGCGGGUAUCUCGCCUCGGGAGCUGGUAGAGGCAGUAGAAACUGCUCGGUUACGAGUAUAG